AUGCAUUCCCAUUCUCUUCUUAUGGUUGUCCUGAGUGUGUGGUUCUCGCUCCUACUGCUGGCCAGUAGCUGCCAGAAUAAACCCCUCGACUUAGGCCAAAAUGGCUGCAUGCAUCCAGCUCCAUCUUCUCUUCAGUCCUUUGUCCAGGAAGUAGGCCGGAGGAGCUUCGACGACGAUAGCUAUGGAAGUAAGACCCAAUACGACGAUCUUAUCCAGCUCGAAAGGGUGGAAGAAAAGAAGCGCGAAUUUUCCGGCACACCAAGAACCAUGCGCAAGACAAGCGGCAGCGAUCAGCGUGCUGACACAAGCGACUCCUUCUUUAAGAGAGAGGAAACUGACAGCGAGCGCGUUGGCACCGUGGAACUCACACAGACAUGGUCUCACCUUCAAGAGCUUCUGAACCACCGAGAACAGAUUGCAGCAACAAGAGAGCGCCAUUGGGACAGUGAUAAAGACACAUACGAACUCAUCGAUGAAAUGCUUGGUCCUCUGUCAUCGGGGCCUGGAGACCACUUUUCCGGCAUGAUUUUUAUCGGAGUACCACAAGAUGAAAUCAAAGUACAUGCUAAGCAACUCAACUCUGCCUUCCGGGGCCGGCCCCUCUGCGGCUGGCUCAAAGCCCAAGUCUUAAGCGAUGAGGACACUUUGAAACUGAUCAGAGUCCUUCGAUACGAGCCUGAGGGAGGCUGGCCGAUCUUCCGCCGCGCUAAAAGACGAAGAAAUCUGCCCGGGACCACCUCUUCGCCAGCCGACCAAGUGAACAAUGACGUUGAUGCUGCAAAAGUGGUCAAGUUCAACUGGGUGCUCCUCAGCUGGCCAAGAGAUGAUGAGGAAUUCGCCAAACAUCCGUGGAUAAUACGUGAGCAGUGGUACAGCCGUCCGGAAGGGAAUACAGAGCUAGUAUUCUUCAAUGUGCCUUUAAACAAGGAAGCGCGUGUGCGUCGCUUCAUUGACACGAGGUGGGGUCCGUUCAAUGCAAAACCAGAGGUGCAAGUGUUGCCUGACGAGAACGAUGAGAGCGACAAGUGUCGUCUCAGCCUCCACCGGGAAGAUGAUGGAGUCCGCUUGUGGAAAUAGG